AUGGUGGCGGGCUCACGGGUGGGGCUCCACUUCCUGACCUCGGCCCUUCGCCUGUUGGAGCCCCGCGUCGACGAUGACAUUGUGGAUCGAAUGCACUACCUGUACACCUCCAUAUUGUUGUUGAUGUUCGCACUGCUCGUGUCCGCGAAACAGUAUGGUAAGAAGCUGUUUUUUUUUGUUUUUUGGACUAUAAAUGUCUGUGGGAACGCUCUCUUUGACAUGAGUAAAAAAAUUUUUUGCACAGUGCAGAUAUCCUUUUUCGAAAAUUUUGCACUGUGCAAAAUUGACAAAAUUUUUUGCACUGUGCAACAAAAAAAAAUUUUUUUUUUUUUUUGAUGCACAGUGCAAUUCAAUAUUUUUUUUGCACUGUGCAUUCCAAGAAGCCGUAAAUUGCACUGUGCAAAAAAAAACUUUUUUUUCUUUUUUUCGAUUUCACGGUGCAAUUUACCAAAUUUUUUGCACAGUGCAGAUAUCCUUUAUCGAAAACUUCGCACUGUGCAAAAUUGACAAAAUUUUUUGCACUGUGCAACAAAAAAAUUUUUUUUUUUGAUGAACAGUGCAAUUCAAUAUUUUUUGCACUGUGCAAUUUACCAAAUUUUUUGCACUGUGCAGACACUCCUUUUCGAAAAUUUUGCACUGUGCGAAAUUUUUAUUUUUUGUUGCACUGUGCAAUUUAAUAUUUGCACUGUGCAACAAAAAUUUUUUUUAUUUUCUUUUUUUUUUUGAUGCACAGUGCAAUUCAAUAUUUUUUUUUGCACUGUGCAAUUUACCAAAUUUUUUGCACUGUGCAGUCUGAGAAGUCGCAAGUCGCACUGUGCAACAACCGAUUUUUUUAUUUUAUUUUUUGAUUGCACGGUGCAAUUUACUAAUUUUUUGCACUGUGCAUCCAAUAAGUCGUAAGUCGCACUGUGCAAAACAAAAUAAUUUUUAUUUAUUGCACUGUGCAAUUUACCAAAUUUUUUGCACUGUGCAAUUUAUAUUACUGUUUUUUUGCACAGUGCGCUAAAAAACAAAAAAAAAUAUUGCCCGCACAGUGCAAUCAAACAAAAAUAUUUUCUUGCACAGUGCAAAGAUAUUUUUGUUUUGCUUCAAAACGCACAGUGCAGAAGAAUUUUCUCAUCAUAUUUUUUGCACCGUGCAGACAUCAAAAUUUUUGACUGCACUGUGCGAAAAAAAUAAACAAUUUUCAGUUUUCGACUGCACUGUGCAUGAAAAAAAUUUUUUUUGCAUUUUCUUUUUCUUGCACUGUGCGUUGAAAAAAAAUUUUUUCUACAAGAUGUAGUAUAGAUAUACUACGUAAUUGAAGAGUUUUCCCAAAAUUUUGACCUUAUUUUAGUUGGUCAUCCGAUUGAAUGUUUCGUUCCGGCCCAGUUCACCCACGCCAUGGAGCAGUAUUCGGAGAACUAUUGCUGGGUCCAGAACACCUUCUUCAUCCCAUUCCACGACCAUAUUCCGCAUCGAAUCGAGGAGCGGGAGAAGCGGCAGAUCGGAUACUAUCAAUGGGUUCCGUUUGUCUUGUCCAUCGCGGCGCUCAUGUUUCAUAUGCCCGCGUCCAUGUGGAGAAUGCUGUCGAAUCAGUCGGGUGGGUGGUAAAUAUAUAUAUUUACUAAAAAUAAAUUUUUAAAAUUUUCGAAAAUUUUUUUUAUUUUUAAAUUUUUUUAAAAAUUGCACUGUGCAAAAAAUUUUUUUUUGCACAGUGCGGAAGAGAAAAGCGAAGAAAAAAAACCUUCGCACAGUGCAAUAAAAAAGAUGAAAAAUUUCCGCACUGUGCAAAAGUUAAAAUCGCGUUUUACAGAGUUGAAAAUCGCGCUAUAUAGAAAUAAAAAUAGCGGCUUUACAGAAUUUUUUGUUAUAAAAUCGCAUUGUAAGGAGACAAAAAUCGCAUUUUAUAGAAAUAAAAAUCGCGUUAUAUAGAAAUAAAAAUCGCAUUUUACAUAAUUUUUAAUUAAAAAAUCGCAUUUUAUAGAAAUAAAAAUUGUAUUUUAUAGAAUUGAAAAUCGCACUUUACAGAAAUAAAAAUCGCAUUUUACAGAAUUUUUGAUUUAAAAACGCACUGUAUAGAAACAAAAAUCGCAUUUUAUAGAAUUGAAAAUCGCGCUGUAUAGAAAUAAAAAUCGCAUUUUAGAGAAGCAAAUGUCGCAUUGUGUAGAAUAAAAAUUUACAUUUUUUGGAAAUGAAAAAUCUAUAAAAUUUUUUGUAGUAACAUAAAAAUUAAUAUUAUUUUAGGUCUAAACGUCGGGCUGGUCCUCCAAACCGCUUGCCAAGACACAAACAUUGAUCCGGAUAUUCGCGAAAAAACCGUGGACGUCCUAACUCGACAUAUCGACGAAGCCCUCCAAUAUCAGCGGGAUUUCGGAAGCAAAAAUAAAAGUGUUUUCAUCUUCGCCUUGGUCAACAUGGGAAAAGUUUACGGGGCCUACGUCUGUCUGGUCUACAUGUUCAUAAAGUUCUUCCACUUGGCCAAUGUUAUGGUGCAAUUUUAUGCGCUAAACGCGUUUUUGGAAACAAGUGACUACCCGCUGUUUGGAGGGCAUGUCAUCUAUGAUUUGAUGAUGGUAAGAAAAGUUUUUUUUUCAAAAAAAUUUUUAAUUUUGAAAGAAUUUUUUAACCUUUAUUAGCACUGUGUGAUUCAAAUAAAAUAUUGACCGUAUAUAUUUUUGCAUUAAUUGCACCGUGCAGAAAGAAAAUUUUUACUUUUUUUUACUGCACGGUGCAAUAAAAAUAUUUUUCUUUUUGCACGGUGCGUUUUACGAAAACAAGUUUAUUGCACUGUGCAGUCGAAAUUUAGGGUUCUCUAAAAAGUGCACAGUGCAAAAUUUUUGUUUGACAAAGUGCACCGUGCAGCAGGGGUGGCAAACGGGCCUCUUUUUCCAAAUUUCAGGCCCGGGGCCCGGCCCGGCAAAAUCCCAGGCCCGGCCCGGCCCGGUUCAAAAUUUUGCAGGCCCGGCCCGGCCCGGCCCGGUAGAAAUCAGGCCCGGCCCGGCCCGGCCCGGUAGAAAUCAGGCCCGGCCCGGCCCGGCCCGGUAAAAGCCCGGUUAGGGCGCGAGCUGGAAAUUUUCCUUUGAUCUUACCGCCUCUGUAGUGUGCUAAAAUCUGCUAAGAACUAUCCUAUAUGUAUUAUAUGUUUUAAUUUGGACCUUAUAUUAUAACAUAUAUACAAAAAAGUACUAUAAAGUAAUAAACUAUUGUAGAACUUGAUAUACUAAAAAUACAAACCUAUCCAAAAAUUUUUCCGGCGCGAAAACAUUGAAUGCCAAACGCUUGGCAUUUCGACAAAACCGGGCCGGGCCGGGCCUGAAGAUGGCUCAGGCCCGCGUAGACAUGGCUAGUGGGCCGGGCCGAACGAGUUUUAAAGGCCCCGGGGCCGGGCCGACCUCUUCCGGCCCCCGGGCCGGGCCGACCGGGGCCCCCGCCAGGCCCCCAAUCGGCCCCCAAUGACUAAAAGCCAAAACGAAAAUUAGGGUUGCCAACAAAAAUAGAAAGGCAGAGCCAAGAACCGAUUGGGUUUUUUGUACUAUAGGCAAUGGUUGGUAAUUUUUUUUUUCAAAAAUUUAUUGUCGAUUGUACUAACAAAAGAAUGGGGGCUAAGGUAGUACAACCCGCCAGUCCAGUUCAGCCCCCCUGGACCCAGCAUAAACCCCCUCAUCCAAUCUGAAGCUCCUACUCGGGAUUGGGUUCUCUCGGCUACGAUCGUCGUUGCCUGAACCACAAGAACGAAUUUGGACGGUAACUGGGGGUUUGAGCUAAAACGCCGGGGGUCGUUUUACCCUAAUUUGCAUUUUUUGUAUUAUUCUAAAUUUUUCAUUAUGGGGGUGUAAAAUGGACAAAACAGUGGGGGUUUGAACUACCUUUCUUGGGGGGCUGAACUACCAAAACCCCAAAAAAAUGUGUUAUAUCUCGUAAUGAAUGCAUUGUUCAUAUUUACAGUUCGGCCCCCGGUCGGCCCCCGGCCCGGCCCGGCCCCCUGGGGGCCGGGCCGGGCCGGGCCGAGAAAAUUUGAAGGGGGCCGGGGCCGGGCCGACCUCUUCCGGCCCCCGGGCCGGGCCGCGAUUUUCGGCCCGGCCCCCGGGCCGGGCCGCGAUUUUCGGCCCGGCCCGGCCCCCCAGCCAUGUCUAGGCCCGCGGCCCGGCCCGGUAAAAAGCAGGCCCGGCCCGGCCCGUUUCAAAAUUUGUCAGGCCCGGCCCGUUUAGGCCCGAUCGGGCCGGGCUUCGCCGGGCCGGGCCGGGCCGGCCCGGCCCGGUGGCCACCCCUGCCGUGCAGUCAAAAAUUUGAGUCAACGAAAAAAUUGCACAGUGCAAAAAAUUUUUUUGAUUUAGUGCACUGUGCAGUCGAAAUUUAGGGUUUUCUGAAAACUGCACAGUGCAAAAUUUUUGUUUGAUUAAGUGCACUGUGCAGUCGAAAUUUAGGGUUCUCUGAAAACUGCACAGUGCAAAAUUUUUGUUUGACAAAGUGCACUGUGCAGUCGAAAUAUAGGGUUUUCUGAAAACUGCACAGUGCAAAAUUUUUUUGAUAAAGUGCACUGUGCAGUCGAAAUUUAGGGUUUUCUGAAAACUGCACAGUGCAAAAAAUUCCUUGUCAAAAUGCUCAAGUCAAAAACUUGAGCCCUCAAAAAAUUACACGAUGCAAAAAUUUUUUGUCAAAGUGCACUGUGCGGUCAAAAAUUUGAGGCAACAAAAAAAUUGCACAGUGCAAAAAUUUUUUUUUGAAAUUUCACUAAAAUAUUUUGAAUCUUAUUGUCAGUAAGGCGUAAAACGCCUACUUUUUUCAGAACAAAGAAUGGAAAGAAUCCGGCAAAUUCCCGCGAGUGACCUUGUGCGACUUUGAGAUCCGCGUUCUCGGCAACAUUCAUCGGCACACAGUGCAAUGUGUGUUGGUGGUGAACAUGUUCACGGAGAAGAUCUUUGUCUUCCUUUGGCUUUGGUUUGUAUUCCUCGCCUUGUUGAGCACUGUGAAUAUUAGCGCUUGGAUGGCGACCUUGGCCAUUCCGGUUUGUCGGCGGAACUUUGUCGAAAAAUAUAUGGAAGCGGAUGAUGCUACGAGCGAAGAGAUCAAUGAUUUUGUCGAAGAGUUUUUGAGGCCUGAUGGUAUGUCUUGAACUUUGUUUUAUCCGGAUUUACGAGAAAUUGGGAAAGUUAUAAAGAUUUUUUGAUCUGAUGACAUGGGUAAUAUAAAAAAGUCAAAUUUUUGGUCAAAAACUUGCUGUAAGGUAAAUUUUGCAUUUAAAAAAGUUUUCUGAAGGUCUAUUACGCCCUAUAUGCCAUAAAAUAGAUUUAUGUUUGACGUACUUUAUCCAUAGCAAACACUUUUUUGGAUCAAGGUAUAUCAACUUCCAAGGUUCAUAUCUCAUCCGCGCAUUCUGUUUUUGGCCUAGAAAUUGCAAUGAUUUUGCAAAAUUCUCUAACCUUUUUACUCAUCAUAAAUUUAAACAUCAUUUUUCACGAAAUUCUCGAAAAUUUUAAUUUUCCGACAUCAGAUACCAUGUGCAAUAUUAUUUUCUCAUUUCCAGGGGUCUUCCUGCUCAAAAUGAUAUCAAUCCAUGCUGGCAAUGUCAUGUGCUCUCGUCUGACUACCAGAUUAAGAGAGCGGCAUGUACUCUUCUACCGCCAAAAGUCGCUAGAAGUCAGUCGGAAAGAGUCGACCCCGGGCUCAGUCCGUCGUCGACACCGAAGCAGUGAAAGGGGACUAUCGAGAACUUCGUCGCAUGGUGAACGGAGUCUGGUGGAGACCGUUCCGCGCCCUAAUCAACACUUUGACCAUCCAAGCAUGCCACAUUUGGCCAAUAUCACGGACACCAGGCAUUAUGUCUAG